AUCUAACCCCAGGCGGCGAUGUGCGGCCGGUCUCGUCGGGGUGGCCGGGUGCAUCGCGGCGGCCAGGUAAGGGGCAGCUGUCCACCAGGUGCCAGUCACCCCUCCAUGUGUUACCACCACCUUGAAGCCGGUGGGGAUCAGCGCGGUAUCAUUGGACGGCGGCUCGCGCGCGUUGCGGCAAUACUCUCGCGCUCCGCGACAGAAAACAGUCAGUCGUCCCAGGGCGCUCGACGGGAGACGCAGGCGAUUCGCCAUUCACGCGCUCACUCGUCCCCGUAACACGCGGACCUCUAUGAAGUCUCUCCUCUCUCCGUUUCUCGGAUUAAAGUGAUCCAACCGGUCAGUUAUUCUCGUCGAAUAUUAUAAGUCGAUUUUUUUCAUUUUCCGAGAAACCUCACGUAAGCUUUUUUUCACGAUCGUUCGAGAGCACAGUGUGGUGUGAAGGAAUUAACUUUGUCUUCACGAUCAGUGAUCCGAAAGUGCGAUCAGUGAGUUAACGUCCGUGAUUUGUCCUUCUAUUUUUCUCUUUUUUUUCCACGUCUCCGUACACCUCGCCGCGGAUUUUCGCAUCCGUCUCUUUCUCUCUCUGUGUCUCUCUCUCUCUCUCUCUCGGGAGCAGCACGGCUACAUUUAUGGGGGUGUCCGGAGAGUGCGUGGUCAAGGGCAGCAAAAGUAGCCUCCCUUGUCACUGCUGCAGCCACGUCGGCAGUUCCGGCGCGAGCGUGCAACAGCAGAAUCAACAGCAGCAGCAACAACAACAACAGCAACAACAACAAUCCUGCGAGCCGUAUCAUCACCACCAUCAUCAGCACCAUCAUCAUCACCAUCAUCAUCAUCAUCACGGCAAGAACGCACCGACGAGCGCGUCGCCGCAGCACAACAACAGCGGCGACAAUAACAUCCUCGCACCUUUGCGCAGCAAGAUGAAAGUGCUCAAGAAGCUCAAGCGCAAGAUGGGUCUAGCGCCCAGAUCCUCGAGCGCGGGUACCAACAACCUGCCUCCGUUGACGUUUCACCACGUCCACGGUGACAACAUCAGGCUGUGCAAUGGCGGCACGAUCGCCCGGAGGCACGAGAGCUUUUGCAAGGGUGUCACCUUUAGCGCCAGACCUGUGCGAGUGGGCGAGAAGGUCUGCGUGAAGUUUCUGGAGAUCUCCGACAAUUGGAGCGGCGUGAUCCGCUUCGGCUUCACCAGCAACGACCCGAUCAACCUACGGAGCGGUCUGCCGAGGUACGCGUGUCCAGAUUUGACGAACAAGCCCGGUUACUGGGCUAAGGCUCUCGCCGAGCGGUUCGCCGAGCGGGACACGGUGCUCUUCUACUACGUGACGUCAGCCGGCGACGUGCACUUUGGCGUGAACGGCGAGGAGAAGGGCCUCUUCUUCAGCGGUGUCGAGACCCGGGGUCCGCUUUGGGCGAUCAUCGACGUUUACGGCAACAGCACGGCGAUCGAGUUCGUCGACCCGAAUCGCCAGCACUUCAACAACAUCCGCAGGGGCGCCGAGCACAGCAACGAGGACAAUGCGCAGCACAGCAGGCACUCGGCCAUGGACGACGCCAGCAACGCCGGUAGAGACGUCGAAAGGAUAAUCGUGCCGUCUAUGCAGAACAUGUCGAUUCAUCACGAGCCUGACGUCGAGCUACCCGGACUCAGGUUUCAACCUCCCGGCGUCAUCUUCACUCCUUUGCCCUUCCACUCAACUCGAGGCAGGAACAUCCGCUUCAGCAAUCAGCAGUGCGUGGCGACGCGCACCGACACGGAAUUCUGUCACGGCUACGCGUUCACGGGUCGACCGUUGCUUCUGGGCGAGCGACUGGUCGUGCAGAUCCUCUCGACGGAGCCGAUGUACGUUGGUGCUUUAGCUCUGGGCCUGACCUCGUGCGACCCGGCGCGACUUACGGCGGAGGACCUGCCGGACGACAGCGACCUGCUGCUGGAUCGUCCCGAGUACUGGGUGGUCUCCAAGGACGUGGCGUCGAGUCCGCAACCCGGUGACGAGAUCGCCUUCACGGUCACGCAUUACGGCGAGGUGCAGAUGAGCAAGAACGGCGGCCCGCCCAACGUCGUCAUGCACGUCGAUCAGAGUCUUCAGCUGUGGGCCUUCGUGGACGCUUACGGGAGCACUCAACGUGUCCGAAUGCUCGCCAGCAGACCGACCUCACCACCCCGACAGCGUCAGAGCAAUCCUUCGCCGGCCAACAUCGUUCAACAGCAACAGCAGCAGCAACAGCAACACUCGAACCACAGCAACGCCGCCACGGAACUCUCGAGAUUCUCCGAGAUGGUGCAGUUCAAGCCGGCGGUAGGUGGCGGCACCGUGCUGGUCGUGAACCUGCCGCCGCAGGCUGGUUACCCGACUCCGCCACCACCUACGCCACAACCGAUUUACGCGUCCGCAACGCACAGGAAUCCACCGCCACAGCCGGUGCAUCUUUCCGCGGCCGCGCCCGCGCCGGUACCGCAUCCCGGUUCCUCGAGACAGUCCUCGCCUCCGUUGACCGGCACCAUGGCCAGCACCGGCUCGUCCACGUACGUCGACCCGGUGACCUACCAGAGCCUGGAGGGCACUCUGACGCAUUCGUCGCACGCAACGUCGUCUCAUCUGCAGCAGUGGAGCGAAGGUCUGCAGCCGACGCUCUCCGGCCAGCCCAGCGAGUGCUCCAUCUGCUACGAGCGUAGCAUCGACAGUGUUCUCUACAUGUGCGGCCACAUGUGUAUGUGCUACACCUGCGCGAUUCAGCAGUGGCGCGGCAAAGGCGGCGGCCACUGUCCGCUCUGCCGAGCGCCGAUCCGCGACGUCAUCCGCAUCUACCGCUCCUGAACGAUUCCGAAUUGAGAGAGCGUGAGAGGGAGAGAGAGAUCGCGGAUGCUCACCCGGAUGUUUUCACCAUCGUUAUCGUCGCCGCCGCGUCCGUCACCGUGCUUCCGUCGUCUUGGUUUCCUUCCGCGUCGAAUCCGUCUCGCUUCAUCCCCGUCGCGCUUCUCGCCCGUGUCCUCUCGCGAUUACCAGAACGAAUAAACGAAUCGAAGCGAAAGUCGCCGUUUUCACACUGCCAUUGUCUAUCUUUUUUCUUAACGGAAGAGUGCUUAAAGUAUAUCGAGAAAGCAACGAUCAUUUGUUAAGACGUACGUCUCGCGUCGAAAUUACUUGAGGAUCGUGCCAAUCCGAAGAUUAUGCUUAUUAAAAUUAAGCAGUUCUCGAGGCGCCCGCGAGGUCGCGUCGCUGUCAAUUAACAUGUCAAUAGGUGGACCAUCGCAUCGUGCACAAAGAAAGCAGCGGUGCUUUCGAAAACGCGAUCACUGCCACCGUUACUGCUGAUCAAGCGAGAACAAGGGAGAUGAAUCGCCGCGGAUUCGAAUAACUGAGAGAGAGAGAGAGAGAGAAAGAGAGAAUGAGUGACAAAUCGCUGUAGUUGAUCGAGUUUGCUUGUAUAUCGAUAUGCUGUCUGCCAGUCUGUGAGUGAGCGUGAAACGCGUGAAUGAGUGCGAUUACGUCAUCAAAGAGACAGAUCGAUCCUAGAUAUUUUCACAAGCGACAUAAUCGUCACUACAAUUACCACAAUUAUUACUACCGCUCUCAACUAUUACUACUACUAUCCACUAUUACUAUUACUAUACUAUCAUACUACUCUUCCAACCUUUAAUUAUUAUUUUAUUAUAAUUAUUAUUAUUAUUAUUAUUAUAUUACUA